CACAAUGUUCUUGGCCAAUCACACUCAAUGGAGUAACAGAUUUUCUCCUUCCACUUGAUUUAUAUACAUGUACUUAUCAUUUUGAAGAGUUUUAUGGUGCUGCUCAUCAAGGCAGAAAAAUGAGAUGGGCACAUAGUUAUUCAACAGCAGAAAUUCAAUUACUUUUUACCGACAAAGCCUAUCAGAUUCAAGCUCCAGCUAUUCAUGCUGCUAUUCUACUGUACUUCGAUCAUGUUGAUUCAGAUCGUAUAACAGUGAAAGAUUUACAAUUAGGUUUACAAUUAACAGUGUCUGGUGGUAGGAAUACUACUACUACUGUUGGUAGUGGAAACAAUCCUGCAACUCACCAUGGGUCGUGA